UCCACUAAAAAAAAACUAUUUCCUUCCUUUCUUCCUCUCCACCGACUCCAAUGGAUAUCUCUGUUCUAACACUAACUCCCUUCAUUUUCCUCACUUUUUUCUCUUUUUCCAUUUACUUUCUCUUCUUCCCUUCUACAAAAUCAAAAUCCAAACCCCAACAAGGCUUCAAACACUACCCCUUUGUUGGAACCUUGCCCUUAUUCUUACUGAAUCGCCACCGUUUUCUCGACUGGUCAACAGAGGUUUUGAGAAACUGCCGAACGAACACCUCGGUGUUCAAACGGCCAGGAAAAGUCCACGGCGUAAUCACUGCAAACCCACUUGUUGUUGAGCAUAUACUAAAGACCCAAUUUGAGAAUUACCCAAAAGGAGAAAGAUUCAUUUCACUUUUGGAAGAUUUCUUGGGCAGAGGAAUUUUUAACUCGGACGGAGAAAUUUGGAAAGUACAGAGGAAGACGGCGAGUUAUGAAUUCAAUACGAAAUCGUUGCGAAAUUUUGUUAUGGAGAAUGUUCGAGUUGAGAUUCAGAGUAGGUUGUUGCCUAUUUUUGGAAAAGCUUGUGAAACGGAACGGAUUUUGGAUCUACAGGAUGUUUUGGAACGGUUUGCGUUUGACAAUGUUUGUAAAUUGGCUUUUAAUUAUGACCCUGCUUGUCUCGGCGGCGGUGGCACUUCCGCCGCUGAGUUUAUGCGUGCUUUUGAGGACGCCGCCAAUCUCAGCGCCGGCAGAUUCAUGUAUGCUUUCCCAGGUUUGUACAAAGUGAAGAAAUUUUUUAACAUAGGAUCAGAAAAAACCCUAAAUGAAUCAAUAGCUAUAGUUCACAAAUUUGCUGAAGACAUCAUCCACUCAAGAUUAGAAGAAAAGAAAACAACCCAAAUAGAAAACGAUCAAGAUUUAUUAUCUCGGUUCAUGGGCGACCAAAACAAUUCUCCACAAUUCCUUCGAGACAUAAUCAUAAGCUUCAUCCUCGCCGGUCGAGAUACCACUUCAUCAGCUCUAACAUGGUUCUUCUGGAUCUUAUCCUCUCGACACGAUGUCCAACAAAAAAUCCUCGCAGAACUCGAAACAAUCCGAACAAAAGCACGUAAGGAAAUUGGAGAAAUGUAUAGCUUCGACGAACUGCGUGACAUGCACUAUCUACAAGCAGCUAUAUCAGAGACUCUCCGUCUAUACCCACCGGUGCCAGUCGAUACAAAAGCAUGUCGAAACGACGACGUGCUACCCGAUGGGACGUUUAUUGGGAAGAGUUGGUUUGUGACGUACCAUACGUAUGCAAUGGGGAGAAUGGAGAGCAUAUGGGGGAAGGAUUAUGGAGAAUAUUCGCCAGAGAGGUGGUUGGAGAAUGGGGUUUGUAAGACGGAGAGUCCGUUUCGGUUCCCGAUAUUCCAUGCGGGGCCGAGGAUGUGUUUGGGGAAGGACAUGGCUUAUAUUCAGAUGAAGUGCAUAGCUGCAGCAGUGAUUGAGAAGUUUGAAGUGGAAAUGGUGGAGAAGAAGAAGAGUCCAAAGCAUUUGUUGUCGUUGACAUUGAGGAUGGAGAAUGGCUUAGAAGUGAUGAUCAAAAAGAGAGAGAGGGGUUUGUCCAUCUGAGGCCCAAAUUUCUGAUCGUCACCAAAACAUAUUUCUUGAUUUAACCUCUCAAUAAUAAGUUUUUUUUUCUUCUACUCUACAUUUUCCGCACAGUGUGAUCUGUAUGUACAAAGAAUAAGUAAUUUUUAUGAAGUUUUAGUUUCUUUUCUUUC